UUAACUCAUCCAUAUAAAUUCUGAAGAGCUCCGCUGUGCUCUGCUUCUCCAUAGCCGUUUUAACAAAAGCAAAUUGUCUCCCGGGAAUGGAGCUUUCCACUGACGAUGCUCGACUGAGCUCCGGCAAGAUGGAAUAUGGAUGCAAGCAUUAUAGGAGAAGGUGCAUGCUUCGAACACCCUGCUGCAGCCAAAUCUUUCACUGCCGCCACUGUCACAAUGAGUCCACGAAGGAGCGUCAUGAAAUGUGCCGGUUUGAAGUUGAAACCGUCAUCUGUGCAAUUUGUGGCACCGAGCAAAGUGUUGCACAGGUCUGUUCCAACUGUGGGAUCAACAUGGGAGAGUAUUUCUGUGAGAUUUGCAAGUUUCAUGAUGAUGAUAUUGAGAAAGGGCAGUUUCAUUGCAAGGACUGUGGAAUCUGCAGAGUUGGUGGUCGAGCGAACUUCUUCCAUUGCAAGAAAUGUGGAUCCUGCUACUCUAAUAGUUUGCUCAAUAAGCAUUCGUGUGUGGAGAACUCAAUGCGACACCACUGUUCGAUCUGUUACGAGUAUCUCUUUGACUCACUGAAAGAAACAACUGUUCUCCAGUGUGGGCACACUAUGCAUUCAGACUGUCUCAAUGAAAUGUUGAAGCAUGAAAAAUAUUGUUGCCCGAUAUGCUCCAAGUCAAUAAUGGACAUGUCAAGUAUCUGGAAGAAGUUGGAUGAGGAGAUAGAAGCGACAGAUAUGCUGGGGAAUUACAGAUCAAGAAAGGUGUGGAUCCUCUGCAAUGACUGCAAUCGCACUACCGAAGUCGUCUACCACAUCAUCGGCCAAAAAUGCUCUCAUUGCCACUCCUAUAACACUCGCAAGAUUUCGGCCCCUGUAAUUCCUCAAUGACUGGAUCCCGCGCGUUUAGUUUGAUUGCCUGAUUGAAUGAUCUGUUGAUGUAUGCACCUACAAUUAUGGAUGUCUUGGAUUUGAACUACACCUAAAAAGCAAAGUCACAAACAAAGUAAGGCAUUUGUAGAUUUGAAGUAUGCUUUUAAAUGGCAUGCAGAUCACUCUCUCUUAUUCUUAUAAUGAUUUGUUGUUGAAAAAUAGUUCUUUGUUAUCAUGUAUCCCUAUUUUAUACAUUGAAGAAAUGUUAA